GAUUUGGGAGCGAAGAUGAAAGCAUAUUCUAUUUUCAGAUCCGGGCGUUUUUUAGUUCUGCUUUGUCUUUUCACUGUGGAAGGCAAAAAGUCACCUACGGGAAAGUAUACCUGCCGAAAAGGACUCCUCUCCCAAGUGACGGAGAACCUGUAUACCAAGGCAACUAGUUUAAAAUCAUCUGUUCCUAAGGAUCUCAUCAAGAACACAAGGCUGCUUAAAAAGACAACAAAAAUGCUGUUUAUGACAAACUGCAGUGUUCGAGAUCAGCUCCUCUCCUUCUAUAUGAAAAAUGUUUUCAGUCAUCUUGGAGUAGGAAGUGACAAGUUGUAUGUUAUUAACGCCUUCCAGGUCCUGCAAGCAAACAUGAACGCCUGUCUUCCAUGUGCUCCAUCCACAAGGUUAACUUCUGCGAUCAAAAAAUUAAAGAAAACGUUUCUUAAGCUUGGAGAGAAGGGAAUCUACAAGGCCAUCCAUGAGCUGGAUAUUCUCCUUCCCUGGAUUCAAGCCUACAUACAGACCAUUGUAUGAAGAACGAGGAAGCGACAGACAGCACGCCACUUCCCUGCUAAGAACAGACCCUUACCCAAAAGGCCUGAAAAUCAGCUGAGUACGGGACAUGUAGCAGGACUGGCAGUAACCCUGACCAGCUGAAGGAGAGCCUCUGUGAUACAGCAGCAUCAAGAGGGAUUUUCAAGAGCUUUCACGGUUGGCCUGGCAUAGCAGCUACGCCUGUCCUGCAGUGUGAGGGCAGCCUCUGGAGCACUUACAGCAUGCUGAUGGACCUCUCGUCCUGCUGACCUGCCACCUGCCUCACAGGCAGCCCCCGGACAUGUAGCAUGAGCGUAACUUGAAAUCUGCUGCGAUGUGGAUCACUCACAAUGCCCCAUUGCCAUGGGCGUGAGCUAGCCAUGCCUUGCACCACCCUGUGGGAUUACAAUUCAAAGCAUCAAGAGCCACUUUUGAAAAUCCCUCUUCUAAGCGAUACUAUGGGGUUUUUUUGUUAUAACUAUAUAGCAGUAUACGCAAGCCAUUCUACAUAUAAAUAAGAAAAUUAA